AUGAUUCAAAUUCAGAUAUUUAAAGCAAACGGUAAAGACAAUCAAGGAGUAACUGUUAGUGUUGAUAAUAAUGCAACUAUUGGUGAUGUUAAAAAAGCAUAUAGCAAAUCAAGUAACACUCAACUUGAAAGAAUUGCCUUAAGACCUGAAUUGAAAGGAAAAAAUUUGAAAGAUGAUGUAAAGGUUAGUACUUUUGCCAACAGACAAUUUUAUUUCCGUGAUCUUGGUCCACAAAUUCCAUGGAAGACAGUUUUUCUUCUUGAAUAUGCCGGACCAUUCUUUAUCUAUCCAAUAUUUUUCCUUCGUCCUUCUAUUAUUUAUGGUAGUGGGGCAAAUGAAGCUGCUGUAGCAUGUUCCGUCAAAUUGGCUCUUAUAUGUUCAACAAUUCAUUAUGGAAAACGACUUUUUGAAACUCAAUUUAUUCAUAGAUUUAGUAAUGGUACUAUGCCACAAUUUAAUUUAUUCAAGAAUUGUUCUUAUUAUUGGGGAUUUUGUGCAUUUAUGGCUUACUUUAUCAAUCAUCCAUCUUACACAACUCCAUAUUUUGGAAAUGCUCAAGUUUACUUUGGAUUAGGUGUAUUUAUUCUUUCUGAACUUGGAAAUCUUUCAAUUCAUAUUCUUCUUCGUAACUUACGUCCAGAAGGCAGUAAAGUUAGAAAAAUCCCAAGACCUGAUGGAAAUCCACUUACAUUACUUUUUAAUUAUGUUUCAUGCCCAAAUUAUUCCUAUGAAUUUUAUUCAUGGAUUGGAUUUACUAUUAUGACUCAAUCACUUCCAUCUGCAUUAUUUACAAUUGCAGGUUUCGUACAAAUGUCUAUUUGGGCUCUUCAAAAACAUCGUAAUUAUAAAAAAGAAUUCCCAGACUAUCCAAAAAACCGCAAAGCUAUCAUUCCUUAUCUUCUUUAA